UUUCAGUUUCAAAGGUCAGUUAAGCCACUGCUGCUUUUCAGUCCAUGUGCUCUCUGCAGGCAAAGCAGACAAAGGGAGGAGUGCGCAGUAGAACUGCAGUAACUUCCUAGGCUGAUAAUUCCUUCUGUAGUUUGGGGCAAUGCCUGAAAUGCCGGUGGAAAUGGAGCAGGAAGAUGUUGAUAUUCCCAGUAGGCGAGCUCUCAUUACUGGUGCUACAGGACUUCUUGGCAGAGCUGUGUUUAAAGAAUUCAAUGAAAAUAAUUGGAAUGCAGUUGGCUGCGGAUACAGGAGAGCUCAGCCCAGAUUUGAACAGAUAAAUCUUCUGGACUCUGUUGCAGUUCAUGACAUUAUCCAUGAUUUUCAGCCUCAUGUUAUAGUGCACUGUGCUGCUGAGAGAAGGCCAGAUGUUGUAGAAAAUCAACCAGAAGCUGCUUCUCAGCUCAAUGUGGCUGCUUCAGGGAACUUAGCAAAAGAGGCAGCUGGAGUUGGAGCAUUUCUGAUCUACAUUAGUACAGACUACGUGUUUGAUGGAACAAAUCCUCCUUAUAAAGAGACUGACAUACCAAAUCCCCUGAAUUUAUAUGGUAAAACCAAACUGGAGGGUGAAAAGGUAGUCCUGGAAAAUAAUGAAGGUGCUGCAGUACUUAGGAUUCCUGUCUUGUAUGGAGAGGUGGAAAGGCUGGAGGAAAGUGCUGUGACUGUUAUGUUUGAUAAAGUGCAGUUCAGUAAUAAGUCUGCCAAUAUGGACCACUGGCAGCAAAGAUUUCCUACUAACGUCAAGGAUGUAGCAAGUGUUUGCAGACAGCUAGCAGAGAAGAGAAUGCUGGACCCAUCGAUAAGAGGCACGUUUCACUGGUCUGGCAAUGAACAGAUGACUAAGUAUGAAAUGGCGUGUGCCAUUGCAGAUGCUUUCAACCUUCCCAGCAGCCAUUUGAGACCGAUUACUGAUUGUCCAGUUGUGGGUGCUCUCCGUCCGAGGAACGCUCAGCUGGACUGCUCCAAGUUGGAGAUGCUGGGGAUAGGCCAGAGAACACCAUUUCGAGCAGGGAUCAAGGAAUCUCUUUGGCCUUUCCUCAUUGACAAGAGAUGGAGGCAGACAGUCUUCCAUUAGUUUGUAACUUUUUUAGUAAAAGUAUGGUAUGUGGCACUUUUUUAAAAGAAAAAAAAACAUAGUUUUGUAUGAGUGUUCUUAAAUUGUGACAUUUAUGAGUUUUCAUUUAAUCAGGUAAACAAAUGGUCUUGCACUAGUGAAGUCGUUAGCCUAAAAAACGUUCAGUGACAAAAACUGAGCCUAUUUGAUGUCCUGGAUCUUUCUUUCCAUUCGUACCAGUCUAAGUUAAUGUCUGUUCCCGGCAGAUUAUGGUUCUUGUCAAUCAGUACCAUUUGAUGCUAAGAAUGACUCAGCUCACUUGUAGACUUACUUUUGGCUGAAAUCUGUGGUUAAUGCUUAAGGUCUGUGCCAUUGUUGUAUAUACCAUUUCUCUUCAUUAAAAGACGUGGUCGGUUACCACCACCAAUCUAAGGGUUUUGUUUUUAACUCCUGAAGGUGGCGUUCUUCUGAAGUGAAACUGAAGUAAGAAUGGGUCAAUGUUCGUUUUGCUUCAGCUCUGAUCAAACUGUUUUCUAAAAAAAGUGAAACUUUAUUUUUGCAAUUUUCAAGUGGACUUUCUAUGCUUGAACUAUUUUCGGAAUGGUCUGUAACUUGAAUGCCCGCAGCUUCAUAUUUGUACAGUAAGUUGUAUGCAUUUGUUUUAAUGGUGACAUAUAAAAGCUAGAAGCAGGUGGGAGGGUAGGGAGCAAAUAGUUUUGACCUGUUCUUUUGGGGGCUGGGGGAUUUUUAGGGGGGGGGGGGGAUUUUUUUGUAUAAAAGCAUGAAAAAGCCUCAUCUUUCUCUUGUUUUUGUUUUUUGCUGUAUUUGGGAUUGUUGGAAUCAGUGGAAGAUGUUUGUUAGCACAUGUGGCACGGAGGAGAAAGGUAUUUAAGAGUUUAUAGCACUGCAGCUUCUUUGCACAGACUGUCAGAUCUUGCACUGAUGUAGCUUGUUCUGGGACAGCAAAGCAUGUAUACUGAAGGUUUGCAGCAUAAUAAUGUAACCACAAUAGUCUCAUUGUAAGCAAAUCUUGAAGUCCAGUCAUUAAAGUUGGACUCAGGAGCCAGGUAAAGUGGAAUCAGGUUCGCCUCCUUCUGAAGUUGUAGAAUCAGCAGUAUUCUGAGAUUGCCAGUGGACUGAUGGUAAAACAAGAAAAAGAUGCAUUUGGGUGAUUGUUUAUUUUUCUGAGGUUGACAUGAGGGAGAGGGGAAGAUGUUCAGCUCAAGUGGGGAAAAAAACCAGCUGGAUGACAAAAAAUAGACCAACUGAAGCUCUUCUAAAGGUCAGUUUUAUGUUCAGUCAUUUAAUUUCCAACUGGCAUAUGCUAAGAGUUCAUAAUCCCGAUUUGUUUUUAGUCUGAAGUCCUGAUAUACACAUGGUAACCUAUCUCCAAAAUGACAAUAAAUAUAUAUUGCCAGCAUGAGAAA